AUGGACAAGGCUUUUGAUAUGGCCAAAGAUGCUCUGGAAAAUGGAGAGGUUCCUGUUGGUUGUCUUUUAGUGUACAACGAUGACAUAAUUGGGAAAGGAAGAAAUGAAGUUAACCAAACCAAAAAUGCCACUCGUCACGCAGAACUAGUGGCUCUGGAUGAACUCAGAGACUGGUGUGAAGUCAGAAAUGUGGAAGUGAAAACCGUGUGUGAGAGAACAGUGCUGUACGUCACAGUGGAGCCAUGUAUCAUGUGUGCUGCUGCGUUGAGGCUCUUCAAUAUCCCUGUGGUAGUUUAUGGCUGUAACAACGACAGGUUUGGAGGUUGUGGUUCAGUUUUGGACAUUUCUUCUGCAGAUUUACCACAAACUGGAACCAUGUUUAAGUGUGUUGCUGGACACAGAGCUGAAGAAGCAGUGGAAAUGUUGAAGACAUUUUACAAACAGGAAAAUCCAAAUGCUCCAAAUCCCAAGACCAGAAAGCAGUAG